UUAAUUAAAAUCUGUAAAAAUGAAGGACCAUCACCACAAACCUUACCUGUGCAAGAAGGUAAUCUACUCAAAUUAAUUAGAGAUAAUACAUACAGCUGCUUAGAGGACCUGAAAAGUUUUAACCGGAGAGAGUUUCACUAAAUUUAAAACAAUUUUAUAUUGUAACAGCUAGAAAUUUUCACCGACCCUUGCCCGAUACAUGUAUGACGUUAAGAACUUCUGUUUGAUUUUAGGCAUAAAAAAUUAUUGGGGCAAUCUUUAUCUUACCCUUAUAGGCUCAAAAGACCCUUCUUCGAUGGUAUGAAUCUAAUUGCAUUGAGAGUAAGAAAUCUGAAAAGUCAAUGGCUACUACCAAGGUAUCAAAAGAAAUCCAUGAUCUUAGCCCUUUUAUCAAGCAAUGGCUUUUCCAAAAUGAUUCUUUUGAUUCAAAAAGUAGCAUUAAAGAUGACAAAAUUGAUUUUAAGCAUCAAGAAUAUCAGAAUUAUUUACUCUCGAAGCAGUUAGAGUUUAAGAAGUAUAGGUUGAACAUUUUCUACCUUAACCACUACGCUUUGAAAAUUCAGCACACAAUCUUCAAACUGUCAAUUCUAAAGAAGUUAAAGGCAUCUAAAUGCCCUUGUUGAAACAAGCCAAGGAAUCCAAAGAAGAAGGUCAAAUAGAACUGGCCAUAGAUUAGACUGCAUUUGCCUCAAAUGAAGUAGUCUCUUAAUGAAAUAAUUUGUUUAAUUUAAAAUCGAAGAUGGAAAAGCAUCCUCAUUCUAACAGGCUGAACACAACUUCUUACUUAAAUGCUUUCAAUUGACAAAAGGAUAUUAGCACAACAUCUGGAAAAUUAAAAUGUGAAGAGCCAAAACACUUAGAUGUCGUAGAAGCCUACGGUCACUUCAACAAUAUCUUUAAAAUCCCCCAAAAAAUCGUCAAAAGUGCCUUUAUCUACGACUCUGCCCUCCCAAAUACCUCAAAAAGCCUUCAAAACAGCUCUAACACCCACAACACCUCCACUGAACCCUUUUAAAACUAAAGGCAACGGGAGAGAUAGGAAGUCUAUGGGAUAUAAGAAAGGUGUCAACUCAGUUGAGAGAAAUAUAUCAAAUUCGUUUGUAUCUCCGAAUAAAUCCAAAAAUUUUCAUUCAAAUUUUAGAUCUAUUGGGUAUGAAGAGCAGAAAAGUUUUGGUAAUAGGAGAGAUAGUGGAACUUAUGCUCGAUCAAACAAGGCUGUAAACUCUAUAUCAGCCAUUAUAAACACCAGAGAAAUGACAAUAAAGGUCAGUCAGAAUCCAGGAAAUUCUACCGUUAAAAAGCCUCAAAACCACAACAAAAAACCAAAAGGGAAGAAGAAUCCUAUUUCUAGCAAGUUUGAUAACAUAAUCUCAAAGAAAGGCCACUUGAGUGGAUACAAUCACAGUCAGGAUUAUAGCUUCCCAGUAAAAAGUUUGAACCCAAGAAAACUUCAAAACUCUAAGUCAAGUGGGAAGCUGAAUAAAAAGUUAAUUUCUCAAAGAUCGAAUGAUCAGUGGAAGAAAAGCAAAGGUGGAUCAAGGGUUCUUAGUAAGAACGCUUCGGUCUCUAAGAAGAGAACAAAGUCAUCAAAUAGAGCCAAAGAAAAUGAGUUCAAGACUGUUCUCAGACCCACUCAGAUGAACAAUAUCUCAUCAGAAAUGGGAAAUCACACAAGAAAAUCAGAGAAAUUUUACCUAAAGCCCUUGAAAGAAGAGUUCACAUAUGAAAAGGAUAUACUUAAGCCUUUGAUUGCACCUCAUAAUCAUGUAAUACUGAAAGAGAACUACUCUAAAACAGCAUCUAAAAUCCCAAACAGGCAACAUGGAAGCAGGCAAGAAAAUUUAUCACCACAAUCAGUGAUCUUAAAAGAGAAUGGAUUGGACAAAAUCACUUGAGACAUAUUUAAAUCUCAUGAAGGAAGUUCCUCCCAUCAGAGCGAUGAGUCCUCAAGAGUGAACUCUAGUGAGAAAGAAUCUAUGAAGCUUUCUCUCAGUCAGGCUACGAAGUAUCUCAAGAAGCAGAAGAAGUGUUCAAAGAACUCUAAAAUGUACAUGACUCAUGAAGGAUGAAGAAAAGUUAUUAGGUAUAACCCGAAGUCUAGAUCUGAAAAGACAGAUCUUUCUCAAGCAGAGUUGGAAGUUCAUACUAAAACAUCAGAUCUUCCUAGUUCCCAAAGACCGAUAGAAUCUAAAGAAAUAGAUCUUGUCCAUGAUAUGGAGUUAUUUGCACAGGAAAGCUUGCAGAAACCCAUAAAUAAUGAGUCGAUUAAUGAUUCCAAAGUUUGCAAAAAUCAGGAAGUCUCUCCAAAUAAAAUGGCUUCAAAGAAAACUUCUCCAAAGAAAGUACUUACUUCAAGCCCUUUUGAGCUAGCUCUUGAGAAUGGAAAGAAGCCAGAUGAAGAGGCCAUCAAGGAUUUUGCAUCCUCAACCAAUCUUCUUUCAAUGAGUAAUGAAAUAUUUGAUGUCUUGGAUUCCUCCAACUUAGUUGGAGAACUUAGAAGCAGCUUGAGCUCACAGACCUCCCAGCCUGAUUAUGACAACAUGGCGAUGGAGGCAUGGGAAGAAGUUGAUAAAAUUAAAGAAGAAAAGCCUCCGAAACAAGUGAAACUCCAUAACUACACAACCCCUGAUUCUAACUGGGCUGAUGACUACAAUAAUGGAUUUCCUUCCAAGAUUAAUACAAACGAUAUUGAUAUUAUUGUCGAAGAUUUUGAAAACGAGAUCGAUUCCGAUUACAGCAUGACUAUAAACUCUAAAAACCACAGAAGAAUUUUGUCUGAUUCGAUUGCUAAUGCAGGCUCUGAGGGUGAGGUAGAAAUCCUCGGAUGUUCCUAAAGGAACAGCUAAAGUACCCAUCUAAGGUAGGGUAUUCUUGGUAUUUUCAAAAUACCUUGCCCAAGAAGAUGGCAUAAAAUUAAUUUUAGUUGCCUCAUACUUUG